AUGGCAUUGACUGCGGAAUUUACGAAUACAAAGUUCGAAGCCAGAACAGAUGGCUAUCUCGCGGAUUCCAGUGGGGAUAUCAAGGCCAUCGUCGAGGUUAAGCCUAUGCUAAGACAGACGAAGGAGCCCCAAAUUGGCAUCCAAGAGAGUCACCAAAUGGUGGCUGGGCUAUUAAUGGACUACAAAUCAUCUUUACCUGCACGCCGAAAUAAGCCCCGCAUUAUAAUAUCACAAGAUAGACAGGAGAUCUAUAUCUCCGUGGCCAAAUACGACGAUAAUUACAUUGCCUAUCUUCAAACUAGAAAUAAUCAAAGUAACCCAUUCAUGACCAUGCAUCAGUUUGGCCCUUGGAAUACUCAUAGCGCCGCUGCCAUGCGGGAAUUAGGUCCGAUUCUUCUAGCUAUCAGCCUUCGUGCGCGAGAAUACUAG